AUGAGACAUUCACUGAUAUCGAUUGAAAUGUCUACACAGGGAAAAUACGUGCUAGCUCCGGCUGAAGCAAUGCAAACAGGAGAAAAUCUUGAAGAAUCAUUUUAUUCCGACGAGCUGUUGUCCCCAGGACUUGGGGCUGUUCAGGAAAUUGAACUGGACGGGGCAGAGCAUGUUGAAACGCUGCCUGUUUCCACAACUGUGAUGGAAACGACACCGAUACAAAGUGAAAUAAAUGCACCGACGCCCGACUUGAACUUACUUGAAAGAAUUUCUCAUCUUGAGAAGGUUAUCGUGCAGCUCACUAAAUCACUGGCAUCUCCACAAGGAAACAUCCGAAUGGCUAACGACGAAAAUAGUAUGCUUGAGCGCACUCCUCCGGUUGAAAAAGGCUGGACGAAUGUUGGCGAAUCUGUGAAUCGAGUUAACACUAGCAUUCGUUGGGAGCAGAUCCCGCCAUUCCCAAAAGACGUAUCCGCUAAUAAAUUAUGGGAAGCGUGGCAACGAUUUUUAGAAAACUUCGAGAUAGCUGUCUCAUUAUCAAAUGUGGAUGACCCUAUUUGUCGCACUAAACUUCUUUUUCUGACUAUGGGCGCGGAUCUGCAAGGCAUUGUUCGAGCUGCCAAACUGAGACCGAGUCUAGACGAUUCCUCCUGUUAUUCCAAGUUUGUUUCCAAUGUAGAUGCUCAUUUGAAGUCCAUGACAGAUAUAUCAUCAGAGCACGAGGCCUUCACGGGAAUGCACCAAGAAAAAGGAGAAUCCGUCGUAACAUUUCAUUCCAGGCUCACGGAGAAGGGUGUAAACGCGAUUUCGAUCGACGAUGUCCUAGUAGACUGCCGGCUUGGUUCAUCACUUCCUAUAACCUUCAUGAUUGAUUCCGGCUCCGAUGUGAAUAUUAUCGGUGGUUCCGAUUGGGCGAAACUGAAAAAACAGUUACAAGAGAAAAAAAUCGUUUUGAACCGAACAAAACUUCCUGAAAAUCGCGAGCUUCACGCCUAUGCAACGAAAGAAUCUAUAUCAAUUCGACACGCAUUCAUGGCACAAGUAGAAGUUGUGGGGAUGUCAAAACCAACUAUACCGGCCGAAUUUAUGGUAGUCGAUAAAGGUCGUCGAUCUUUGCUCGGAAGAUCAACGGCUAGUGAAUUAAGGUUGCUGGAAGUAGGCAUGGCGGUUAACAAUUGCGAAAAUUCAGAAAAACUGGAGAUAUUCCCAAAAAUGCCCAACGUCAAAGUAAAAUUUAGUGUUAAUAGGGCGACACCUCCAGAAAAGAACGCUUAUUAUAAUGUUCCAGCAGCUUACCGAGAAGGAGCGAGACAACGUUUAGAGGAGAUGGAGGCACGAGGUAUUAUAGAGCGAGUGCACUCAGCGCCGGAAUGGAUCAGCGGGAUGUCGGCAGUACCAAAAGGCAAAAACGACUUUCGUUUGGUGGUGAAUAUGCGCUCGCCAAAUAAAGCGAUCAAGAGGGAAUAUUUUCGUCUCCCCCUGUUAGAAGAAAUGAAAAUAAAGUUACACGGAUCUAGAUACUUCACGAAGCUAGAUCUUAACAGUGCCUACUACCACCUAGAAAUCGCUAAGGAAUCGAGAGAUUUGACUACGUUCCUUACGGAGAAUGGUAUGUAUCGGUUCACACGUCUUAUGUUCGGUGUAAACUGUGCACCUGAGAUUUUCCAACGGGAAAUGUGUCGCAUAUUAGAAGGUAUAGAUAACGUCAUCGUCUAUAUAGACGACAUUCUAAUUUUUGCCGAUACAUUGGAGGCACUUCGCUCGACCACAGAGAAGGUACUGAAAGUACUUAGAAAUAAUAAUUUGUCCUUGAACGUGGCAAAAUGUGAGUAUGAAAAAACGUAUAUCAAAUUUCUCGGUCACGAAUUGGACGAGAAGGGGUUUCAUGUAGACGAAGCAAAAAUCAAGGAUAUUCGCAGGUUUCGUCAGCCCAAUACAGUAUCCGAGUUACGUAGUUUCUUAGGAUUGGCAUCAUUCCUUAGCUCGUAUAUAAAAAACUUCGCUGAUCUCACAAGUCCUCUGUGGGCUGUUUCCACAGCAAAAUCCUGGUUUUGGGGCCAAGAACAAGAAAAGGCAUUCAAUGUAGUGAAAGAAGAAAUUACAAAUUGUACUACUACGCUAGGAUAUUUCUCUGAGCAAGCAAAAACAAUAUUAUACACCGAUGCCUCCCCAAUUGCUCUCGGCGCUGUUCUCGUGCAGCAAAAUGAAAAUCAACCUCCGAGAAUCAUAAGCUUUGCCUCUAAGGCAUUAACCACUACGGAACGGAAAUACGCGCAAAAUCAACGUGAAGCUCUUAGUGCAGUUUGGGCGGUUGAGCACUUGGCUUUUUUUCUUCUUGGAAGGCAUUUCACGCUAAGAACGGAUGCCGAAGGUGUAACAUUUAUACUAAAUCGAACUCGCGAGAGCUCUAAGAGAGCGCUUACUAGAGCCGAUGGUUGGGCACUUCGAUUAAGCCCCUACGAUUACGACAUCGAAUUCGUACGUGGUCGUGAUAAUAUUGCAGAUCCUUCAUCUAGACUGUACGUUGGUAAUGAUGCCCCUUUCGAUGAUGAUCGGAGUCCGUGGGAGAUAGCGAGCAUAGAAAUGAACGAUGUAGGAUUUUUGACUGAAAAAUAA